AUGAAGAGCGAGGGUCGCCAGCACGGGAUGUUCCGGCCUUACCGGGUCCUACCAGACCCAUUGAACCUGAGACCCGGAACCCGACAGGUGAACAAGUUUGAUUCACUUUCUACAGCCGGGUUAUUCACCAAGGUGGCCACCAAGCCCACCAACCACUCCAAGUUCACGGGUAAGUGCGGCAAGCCCAGGUGCACCGAGUGUCACAUCCACCCGGCUUCUAAGGCCAAGGACAAGACCAAAGGGAACCACAAGCUCAAGUCAUCCGACGUCAUAUCCAAUCAUCGUUUGGUCAAAUUUUCCGGGUCUUCUGCCACGGGGAUUUUGGAUCAUCUGUCUACUAGUCAUUAUGAUAACAACGAUGAUGAUGAUGAAGAAGAUGAUGAAAUCAGUGGUUAUGCAAAUGGUAAUUAUGAAGAUAUGGGUUUCUUCAAUGUGGAAUAUGUGAUUGAUCCAAUUGAGGAAGAUGAAGUUCUUCCGGUUGCUCUCUGCCUGAUAGACCACAAUAUCCGAAAUAUCUGGUUCGUUGAAAUCCCACCGGAGCAUCCAAGAGCUUUGCACCCUCAAAGCAGCAGAAUUUUUCCCCGUUUCCCUUCCUCUUCUUCCCCUUUUCACUCUCUAAGGUGGAUGGGUUGUAGUGAGCCUGAUAUAAGUCAUCCACAAGAAGAGAGUGACUACAAUGAACUUCCAACGUCACUUAGAUUGGAUAUUGAUGUGCAACGUGAUUGUCGAAGCUCAAAAGAUUCCUCUGCCGAAAAGAGUCAGGCAGUUAUCGACCAUGAACAUGACUCUCCGAGAGAGUGUCAAAGUCCAAAAGGUUCCUCUUUUGAGAAGAGGCAGGUGGUUAUUGAUACUGAGCAGGAGUGUCAGAGUCCUGUUCCUUCUUCUAUUGACAAGAACCAGGUGGAAAUUGACUGCGAGGAGUGUGAAACCCCAAAAUUUUACUCUGUGAGUAUGUUUGAGAUGGAUGUAGAUGGUGGGCAGGACUUGCAGAGCCCAAAUGUUCCCUGUGCUGAUGUACCAGGAGCUGGUAUGGCCAUGAAAGGUGAGGAAUACAUUUAUGUGGUACCGCAAGUUGGGGUGGAGUUUGAGUCAGAAGACCAUCUAUACAAUUGUUACAGUAGAUAUGCUGUGCUGGAAGCACUCCUCCUAUCUCAUCUACAACGCCACUCUCUACUUCAGCUCUGCCGUUCAAAAGCAGUACUUGGAUACGGCUUAGGCCAGAUUAUACCUGUUGCAGCAAACGAUGUUGCUUUCUCUAUUCAUGCUGUUUUACUGACAGCAAUUACCCUGUACCAAAUUGCAAUCUAUGAACGUGGAAAUCAGAAGGUCUCCAAAAUUUCCAUUGGAAUUGUUGCUGCCAUGUGGUUAGGUGCUGCAGUUUGUGUUUUCUUAGCUUUGCCAAGUCAUUCUUGGAUUUGGUUGAUUUCCAUUUUCAAGUAA